AAUCUGUGCUCCCCCGGUUAAUGAUUUGCUGGUUAUCUCGUACUUAGUACUUGAGCGUGGAGUUUGGAGUCUGCCCUCCCUUCCGAUAAAACAUGAUAGGAGACGCUCGGACUUGCUUCGCCUUCCUCUUUGGCCCUUUAGUUGGACACUGACUCCCGGUUCGUUUUCCUUCGGCCACAGCGAGAGGACACACAAUGUUAACUCACGUUGUGUUCUUGCUUUGUGCAGCUUCUUCUGUCUCAGCUUCUGUCAAAGGGGCUGCCGGACCCCGGCUGAACAACAACCAGCUGUACAAAUUCAGCUACACCACUGAUGUGCUGCUGGACAGGACCAGGGGGUCGAAAGAGGGCGGCACUGGCUACAAGAUCUCGAGCGAUGUGGACGUCAACCUGGUGUGGAGAGACCCCGGCAGCAAAGACGACCAGCUGAUUCAAUUGGCGAUCUCAAACGUGAGGAUCGGUCCUGCGUCCCGGCGAUCAGAGAAGAAGAAUGUCCUCCAUGGAUCCACUGCAGAAAGCGUUCUAGGGAAGACCAACCUGGCCGCUCUCACUAAACCGUUCUUACUACAUCUAAGAAAUGGAAAGGCAAAAGCAUUUUAUUCCUACUGGACCGAACCAUCAACCAUCAAGAACCUAAAAAGAGGGCUUGCCAGCUUACUGCAAGUGCAGCUCAACACUGGGAAGGUCAUCGAGAACGACGUGUCUGGAAGGUGCACGGUUGAGUACGUGGCAGUAAAAGGCCAAGUGACGAGAACAAAAAUCCUGGAUACGUGUCAGACGGAGGAGACGGGAUUCACCACUCACAGUCAGGUCUUCGGCGUGAGUAGAAAGUCCAGCUCAGUUACGACUUUCACACUUGAAGACGGUUUCAUCCGCUCGGCUGUGGCUGAAGAAACGCACUCGCUGGCCGUCAACGCCCGCCGGUCUGCCGCGGCUAAAGUCCUGUCCAGGCAAACCCUCGCGUUGGUGGGGACAGAGGCUGGACCACUAGAGGCUGCUGGGAAAGAUGUGGCCGGGGUGGUGAAGUCAAUCGAUGGCAAACUGGCAGCCGUUGGUAUCAUUGCGGAAAAGGUCAAAUCCCAGUGCAAGGGCUGUCCAUCACUUUUUGAACAUUGGCAAACUCAACAGAAGCAGCUGGAGCCAGCGAGCCUGUCCAAAGCCACGGCUCCUCGCAGCUUCCUCGCCUUCAUCCAGAGCAUCAGGAAGGCGUCCAAGGACGAGAUCCUCAAAGUGCUGAAGAGUGCCAGCAAGACAUCUCUGCCUCAGGUGGUGGAUGCUGUGACCUCCUCCCAGACCGUUGCUUCGUUGGACGCAAUGCUGGAAUUCCUUAAUUUCACCGAUGCCAAAGGUUUUGUUCUGCAGGAGAGGUUUCUCUACGCAUGUGGCUUCGCGUCACAUCCCAACGAGAGGAUGCUCAAGGUUCUGUUGGAUAUUUCAAAGGGGAAGAUCGGCAGCUCAGACAUUAAAGAGUCAGUGGUGAUCAUUAUGGGAGCACUGGUCCAUCGACUCUGUGAGAAAGGAGGGUGCAACUUACCGACAGUGGUGCAGGUGAAGAAGACGAUUUUAGACGGUGCCGGCAGCGCGCAGGCGGAGUCUGAGAUCCAGAUGUAUCUUCUGGCCCUGAAGAACUCUCUGCUGCCCGAGGCCAUCCCCAUCUUUACCAAAUAUGCAGAGUCCGAGGUGGGAGCCUACAGCACCAUAGCGCUCACUGCCCUGCAGAGAUACGACGUCAACCUCAUCACCGAUGAGGUGAAGCGCACAGUUGGCAGAGUUUACCACCAGAAUCAACGGAUCUACGAGAAAAACGUGAGAGCUGCCGCUGCCGACGUCAUCCUCAGCAGCAACCCGUCAUACAUGGAGGUCAAGAAUCUGCUUCUGUCUAUCGGAAACCUGCCUCAUGAAAUGAACAAGUACAUGCUCUCCAAGAUCCAGGACAUCAUCCGCUUCCAGAUGCCAGCCAGCAAAGUUUUGCAACAAGCUAUGAAGGACAUGGUGUCUCAUAACUACGACCGUUUUGCAAAAGUUGGAUCAUCAUCUGCAUUCUCAGGAUUCAUGGCACAAUCUGCUGAUGUGACCUCCACAUAUAGUUUGGAUAUCCUGUAUUCAGGCUCUGGGAUCCUGAGGAGAAGCAACAUGAACAUUUACGGUGCUAGCAAAGGAGCGAUGCUACAUGGACUACAGGUGGCAAUUGAGGCCCAGGGCCUGGAGACCCUGAUUGCUGCCACGCCCGACGAGGGAGAGGAGGACCUGGAGUCGUUCGCUGGGAUGUCGGCUCUGCUGUUCGACGUCCAGCUGCGGCCCGUCACCUUCUUCAAGGGUUACAGUGACCUCAUGUCCAAAAUGUUCUCCAUGUCCGGGGAGCCCAUGAAUGUGGUGAAGGGUCUCAUCCUGCUCACUGAUCACUCUGAGGUGAUCCAGCUGCAGUCCGGUCUGAAGGCGAGUGCCGAGUUCCAAGGAGGGUUAGCCAUUGACAUCUCUGGAGGCAUGGAGAUCAGCCUGUGGUACAGGGAGUCCAAGACCAGCGUCAACAACAGGGGAGCGUUAGUGGUCACUGGCAACGUUACAGUGGACAUGGACUUCAUGAGAGCCGGUGUGGAGGUCAGCUUUGAAACAGAAGCAUCGCUGGACUUCAUCACCACUGUCCAGUUUUCCGAAUAUCCCUUCCUGGUGUGCAUGCAGAUGGACAAAACUACCUUCCCCGUCAGUGAAUAUCUGACCAAGUAUGAGAGCUUGUCAUCGGGGAAAAGCGUUGUGUCGCAUAACAGCAAGAAGCAGCUCGUCCCCGGCUCCGAAUUCCCUCUUCACCAGGAGAACUCAAACAUGUGCAAGAAGGUUUUUGACUCCAGUUGGUAGAAGAGAUGCCAUGAACUAUCCAGGGACGAAUAUUGUCACUCAAAGAGGGCUUAUUGCAUUCAGGGACAGCUGUCACACCUCUGCCUCGUGCAUUGAAAGCAUGCAAGAGCGAAUGCAAAUGUUUUUAUCUUUGUAACAAAACAUGCAAUGUUUACAUUCCUGUGUAUUUAAGUCAUCUUCAUUUGACAUUUUGUUUGAAAUCAGGAAUUCUUGAAUUGUCUUUUUUAUGGAUUUCCUGAAAAAUGUAUUUAUGAUGGGCACACUCAGGAUGCAUGUUUUCUUUGAUGGGUAAUAAUACUCAGCAUGAACUAUACGACUGUAAUCAUCCCAACACAGUUACAGUAUAAAUGUACAUGUCAAUUUGUUUAUUGUUUUGUGUCAAUCACUGUCACCCGCCUGAAUUAACUUAUUAGCAGAGUAAAAAGAAUCAAUUCCAUGUCUAUAAUUCUGAUGGCGCUUCUUAAUUUUUCCUGCAGCGAUAACGUGUGUGCUUUAUCUUUACUUUGUACUUGCAAGAUUUUAGGGUAAAAUCGAAGCUCCAAUCGUGAAUCCAUCUACACUUGAAUAUAUUUUUUUUUUACUUGGCUGUAAUUGCCUUGGUCUUAAAACAUUGCGGUAGUUUUAAGACAUCAAGUUUUCAUACUAAGAGAUCAGUGUGUUAGAUUUGUAAUUGGCUGACAAUAAAUGUUUAGUGGAAACACU